AUGGACUGGACAGCCAAGCUUUCUGACUUCUCCAUGUGCCGUCUGGUGGAUCGCAGUACUGACCUCAUUGAUACCGGUGUCUCAGCGCUGCCCGUUCGUUGGUUGCCGUUGGAGUCACUGGUCGAUGGUAUAUUCCACUUCGAUACCGAUGUUUGGUCCUUCGGUGUCUUCCUCUGGGAGUUGUUCACCUUCGGUGCGGUCCCCUUCGAUAAUGCCUCUAUUUUUGACGUAAGUCCCUUUAGAACCGCCUUUGUUGUCAUUCUUUGCACACACACGAGGCAACAGUAG